AUGCAAGAAACCACAGUAGCUCCAUCAAUCCAACAAGCCAUGCCUGGAUUGAUCGAGGCAAACGCGGCGAUUAACAAUGCACAACGCAGAGAUCGCAACAACCCUCGAUUCAAUGUUGCUCUGAAAUCAGAUGCAGAGGAUAAAGGAAAACCUCAAGUUGACUUGCCUGGUGCAGAAAUUGGAAAGGUCCGUCUCCGGUUUGCUCCAUAA